UUGCAAGAUUAGAGUUACAAAGCCAGAGGGAAAGACUAGGAAAGGAUCACUGGAAAGGCGGAGAGGAGGAUUGAGAAGUGUAUGUGUGUGUGAGUAUUUUUGUGUUCUCUCAGUGUUUGUGCUCUUGUUUUAUGUUGGUCUGUGUGUAUAUGCCUACCUGUGUGCCUAGUGAAUACAGAAGUCUACAGUUAUUCAGAACCUGAUGUGAUGUGGUCCUCAACGUAAAAUACACGUUGUCUGUUGCAGUUUCGGACAGAAAAAGAAAGAGAGAGAGUUGGUAUAUAAAGCGAGAGGGAUGGGGAGACAUGCUUUAUUAGAGAAAACGCUGCAAUCAUAAAUUUCACAACCUCCCUCACUCUUUCACCCUCUAUUUUCUCCAAAAUCUCUGUGAACAGAGAGGCAGUAUCAAUGGGAUUGAAUCAGCAGGGAACAGACAAUUAUCAAUGGUGGCACGUCAAUUGAAUACCAUUAUAGAUCUGGUUCGAUCUUGCUUCCUUGUUAUGUUGUUAUGUAUGGACAUGUUGCUGCAACAGAGAGAGCAGAGUAUAGCUGUAAGCAGCAGGAUAGAUAGGUCGCUAAGGGAGAGGAGAGGUAUUACUACAUUAUAUCAGAGGCUGCCUGCCCUGCAACUAUGUAACGAGCUACUGAACUUUCCUCAACGCAAAAUCGUGAAUCACAUUUCCUGACCGUAACCUUUUGUAGAGAUUCUUGUUACUUUCCCGGUGAAAAAUGGUUAAAGUCCUUGGGACUAUUGACACACAGUGGUAAAGGAUAAUAAAACAGCUAGAAGUACACAGACCACUGACGGAGCGCUUAAUAUCUGUUUGUACACCAAAUGGAUUUGAAAUGACACGCAACAACUACACACAUAUAGGGCAAAAUAGUAGGACUAAAGUUAUGGGCUAGGAGGUUAAAAGACAAAAGCAAAUACACUAGACAAGACAAUACCUGAGUGGCACAGCGGUCUAAGGCACUGCAUCUCAGUGCUAGUAGGCGUCACUACAGACCCUGGUUCGAUUCCAGGCUGUAUCACAACUAGCCGUCAAUGGGAGUCCCAUAGGGCGGCGCACAAUUGGUCCAGCAUUGUCUGGGUUUGGACGGGGUAGGCUGUCAUUGUAAAUAAAAAUGUGUUCUUAACUGACUUGCCUAGUUACAUAAAAAAAAAUAUAUAUAUAUAUAAAAGAUGCUGACAAGAAUAUGCUAAGUCACAUCUAAAAUAUUUAAAAUCCACUGACUUUUUAGCUGACACAUCGGAUUGUCAAAUGUUUGCCUGCCGACAGUACUUACUUAGCACCUCUGAACAGAGUGUCGACAGUCAAUCUCUUUUGUGAUCACACAGCAUAGACCUUGACGUCGUCAGCCACUCAGCCUCGUUAAAAUACUCCAAACCAGAAGGUGCUGCUUAGUUUAUGGUCUAGAUUUCAAUGUUAGCUAGCUAGCUGCAGUAAUGUUAUUAUUUUGUAGAAAGCCCUUGUUGAUACUAGCCAUAUGGUCACAGCUAGGUAACUACCUAGCAAGAUGACGAAGAAACAAUUUAAUUCACUCUCCAUAAUCCCAUACUGCCAGUGCUAACCCAUAGCCAAAUGUUUAACUAGCUAGCUAAGGACACUGCUCUAACUCGGAAGCCAACACAGGCAGCUGUUUCAUGGAAACUAAUCCAUUGGGAUUUAAUUAUAAUGUCAAUACUAGCUACAGUUGAAAAUUGGAGAACACAUUGGGAGGGAUUUUAGACCAUUCCUCCAUACAGAAUAUUUCCAGAUCCUUGAUAUCCUUCAUUUGCAUUUAUGGACUGCCACCUUGAUUUUGUGGCCAAAUAAUACUUUUUUUGUGGUUUUUGAUGUUUGUUUAGUGUCAGUGUCUUGCUGGCAGAAGAAACCAGGGUUUUGACAAAACUAUCCUGGUAAUGUGUAAAGUUCAUGAUGCUGUUGACCUUAACAAGGGUCCCAGGACCAGUGGAUGCAAAAUAGCCGCAUAACAUUAAAGGUCCAUCACAUUUGACAGUAGGUAUAGGGUUAGUUUCUGCAUAUGAACCUUUCUUUGGACACAAAACCUACCACUGGUGUGUGUGGCUAAAGAGCUCUAUUUCCAUGUCAUCCAACAAAUGUAAAUACCUGGAGUUUGCUAAAUGGCAUUGGAACUUGGAUUGGAACUGGUGCUGUGGUCAGAUGACAUGAAAAUAGAGCUCUUUGGAAAUAUUCUGUAUGGAGGAAUGGUCUAAGAUCUCUCUAAGAUGUGUUCUCCAAUCUAAUAAAACAUUUUAGAAAAAGGCUCAUUGCUAAUGACUAUGACCCCUAUCUUUUUGAGAAUUGUUUUUAUUAAUAGUUAAACAAAAUGUCCCAAUUUUUUGGAGCAUACAAUAUAGCUCAGUAUUUGUAUUAUUUAUUUUAUACAUUCUUUUUUGUUCAUUUUUUUGAUCAAGGGUGCCAAUAAUUUGACCUGACUGUAUGUAAAUGAGUCUCCACAACACUAUUAUGAAGCAAAUCCUUUGAACAUCAUGCCUUAUUUAAUGAUUCACCCACGCUUACUUAAAUUUGUAGUGCUUCACGGGUUUUACACUUACAAAACUGCUUGAUUAUUCAUUAAUUAAGCAUUGAGAAGGUGUGCCUACAACUUUCGCUGAGGUUCCUCUCAUCCUCCACUAAUUUCCCCGAUUCCUCCUCCGCUAUUCUUCUUCAUCUUUACUUAUCCCACAUACUUUCCUCUCCUGUCCAUGCCCCCUCUUUUGUAUAUCACCGUGCUUCUGAAAUCUUCUACUCUCCUUCUCCCUCUUUCCUUCCAUCUCUCUCUGCUCCAUUCUUCUCUGUCCAUUUUCCUUUCUCCUCCCACUGGGCAAAAACUGGUUGCAUUAACGUUGUUUUCACAUAAUUUCAACAAAAACAUGUAAUGUGAUGAUGUUGAAUCAAUGUGGAGAACUGAUUGGAUUUGCAAAAAGUCAUCAACUGUCGAUUCAGGGCCCUCACCAGAGAACCUUGUUGAAGAACCUUCUGAAGGACUACAAUCGAAUGGAGAGGCCGGUGGGCAAUGAUUCACACUCCCUCACAGUCUUCUUCACUAUCAGUCUGAUGCAGAUCAUGGAUGUGGAUGAGAAGAAUCAGGUCCUCACCACUAACAUCUGGCUUCGGAUGAGCUGGUUUGAUCAUUAUCUUCAGUGGAACCAGACUGAAUACCCUGGAGUGAAAAACCUUCGGUUCACAACUGACCAGGUGUGGACGCCAGACAUCCUCCUCUACAACAGUGCAGACGAUGACUUUGACUCCACCUUCAAGACCAACGUGUUGGUCAACUCCAGUGGCUUCGCGGAGUAUCUCCCUCCAGGGAUUUUCAUGAGCACAUGUAACGUGGACGUACGUUGGUUCCCCUUCGACAUCCAAAAGUGUGAGAUGAAGUUUGGCUCAUGGACGUACGAUGGCUGGCUGAUGGACCUACAAAUGAACGAGGCCGACAUCUCCGGUUACAUGUCCAACGGGGAAUGGGACCUAGUGGGAGUGCCAGGCACUCGUAGCGAGGUGUUCUAUGACUGCUGUAAGGAGCCCUACCCCGAUGUGACGUUCGUUGUGACCAUCCGCCGGCGCACUCUCUACUACGCUCUAAACUUGCUCAUCCCCUGUGUGCUGCUGUCCUCCAUGACCCUGCUUAUCUUCCUACUGCCUGCCGACUCUGGGGAGAAGAUCUCUCUGGGUAUCACUGUGCUGCUCUCGCUCACAGUCUUCAUGUUGCUGGUGGCAGAGAUCAUGCCAGCCACUUCAGAUUCCAUCCCUCUCAUAGGACAGUACUUUGCUAGUACUAUGAUCAUUGUUGGGAUGUCAGUCAUAGCUACAACGGUGGUGCUGCAGUAUCAUCACCACGACCCAAACGGAGGCCAGAUGCCCAAAUGGGUUAAUGUGGUCCUACUGCAGUGGGUAGCAUGGUUCCUACGUAUGAAGCGCCCAGGGGAGAGUGAUGACCCAGAGCGACCACCCUGCGCCCCCCACCUACGCCGCUGCUCUUCAAGCUCCCAAAGCGGUAGCAUCCCUAACCAUCCAGACCCCAUGCUCAACCCACUGCACCCCCAGAACCUGGCCCCUCUCCAGGCUGGCCCCCUGCACGCGGGUCAACCCCACCUUCACGCCCAGUCCAGCGCCAACAACAACGGAAACCUGCUCUACAUCGGCUUCCAGAACCUGGACGACCCCCCACUGCUCCCAGACCACAUCCAGAGUUAUAGCAUCUCAGCCGGGCCUCCUCGAGUAGCAGGCAGCCCCCCUCCACCACCCCCCACCCCCAACGAGGACACUGUGGGCUGCCCUAGCACCAUUUCCAGUGGCGGAGGCUUUGGAAUAGGGGUUGGAGGACAGUACUCGGGAGGGGGUAUAGGUGAUCCCCAGCUCCAGGCUAUUCUGGAGGAGGUGCGUUACAUGGCGGACCGCUUCCGUGAACAGGAUGAGACGGAGAGCGUGGCCGACCAGUGGAAGUUUGCGGCAGCUGUCAUUGACCGGCUCUGCCUGGUGGCCUUCAGUAUGUUCAACAUCAUCUGCACCAUCGCCAUCCUCAUGUCCGCUCCCAACUUUGUCGAGGCUGCCUCCAAGGACUUCUUCUGAGGAAGAAGAGGAUGGGGCAGAGGAGAAGAGAAAGAAUGAGGGAGAAGAGAUGUAGGGGAGAAAGAGCAGGAUGUGGAAUGAUUUGGGGCUUAGUCCAAGAGGGCUAUUGUCAGGGACCCUCCUGUCAAGAUGAGGGGGGUUCUUUGGAGAUGACUAUAGAACAUCUCAAGAUGUUCUCUUGAAGUCUAUCAAUGACUUCUGAUGAAAUGGAACAGGAUGGGGCGCGAUGAGUUUAUGGGCGAAGAAUCCAAAAAGGCAUGGUUCAACGACUGUACAGGGUGAAGUAAAUUGUACUGAAUUAUGAGGCUUUUUCAAAGACCUUUAAGAAGUGAAGGUGAACAGGAAGGGCAAUAAGAAAAGUGGAGCAUGGGAUAAUUCAACCUGAGAUUGGGAAGAUUGCAGUACUUACAGAAAGAGAGAGAGGGAAAUAGACAGAUGGAUAGGGCUGUUUUAUUUGAUGUCAAAUCCCAGAAAAGAAAAAAAGGCAAAGAAAGACUGCAUCAUUUACUGAAACAGGGGACCAGGAGGGAGGGGGAGAGACUGACUUUUACAAGGAAAGACAAGGAAUGAGUGUGUGAACAGACAGAGGUUUUCCCUGGUGACAGUGAAGGUGGGAGGGUCAAACAAACUGAACUUGGCCUUGUCUCUGAGAUAGAAAGAACAAAGCGGAUUAGAGGAAUGAAAAUAAUAUCUAAUCUUUCAUUCUGUCAUUUGUUUCAUGGGCAUCAAAUUGAAAGGCCUUAAAUAACAUGCAGCCGAUUUCAGAUCAGUUGAGGCACCAAAUGAAUUCCCAUUUAACAGCCCCAUUUCCUUCCCCAGGCCUUAUCUGUCAGUGGGUUGCCAGUGUAUACCAAUCUCCACUUUUUGUCCUACGGUGUGUAGCGCUCCUUGUGAUUGGGCAACUGCAUUAGUGUGUAAUCAGUGUAAUUGCCAGUAAUUGUGUUACAGUGGAGGGUCGAUCCAAUAAUGACCCAUCAAACAGUCACCUAAUAGAAUUUGGCAGGUCCUAAUAGAGAAGGCUGAUCUCAUUGAGCUCCAAAGUGAAAUCUUAAUAUACUGUAUGCGAGGUCAGCAACUUUAAGAGGAAUGUGAAGGAAAGUGAUCCUCAAACCUCAAGAUGAACACACAAAUGACUUGGAUGAUUGGAAUGACACUCAUUUUUAUAUUGCACAAUAUGGUUGAUAAUUGAUGGGAGUUUUAUUUUUCGAUAUUUUCAUAUUUUCCAAAUUCAACAUAUACUUACUAAAAUAUAUUUCCUAUCGUUAUUUUAAAGACCUGAGACAGCUCCUGGAAGAUCUCACAUCUCCCGCUCGCUCUAUAAACUGACGCAUCUCCUCCCUUCAGUGGAAACCUCAAGCUGGGAGUUGGACUGACUCUCUGGCACACACAUGUAUAGAAACAUUUCCCAUCCCGAAAUAAAGUAUUAUUUUUCUACCAUCCUUGCCUUCCUCAACGGACACUGGUGCUGAUAUACGCAAGAGAAAAAUGACAGAGGGGCAGAGAAAGUGCUGACACAGCGCGCGCCGGACAGGGUUUUAAUUGAUUACUCCUUCAGGAAGAGAGGAGGGAGGAAGGAAGGAGGGGGUAGACGGGCCAUGCUCGGUAAUUCAAUGGAUUUAUAAGAGAGGACCAGGGAAAUAGCCACUCGACAAAGCAUAACUCAGUCACACAAUAAUGCAAAAUAUGUAGUAUAUUAAUAGUACAUUUUGGUAAAUGCACAUUUUCAAUGUCAAAUGGGUUAGCAUCUAUUGACUAGGAUGCUCAUUAUGCGUCUCUGACAUUGUGUAAGUUUCAGGUAUAUGGUUCUCUCCAGUCCAUACAGUACGUUUUAUUCUGUCAGUAUAAUCAACACUCUGGUUCUCUUUCACUCGCUCUAUUCAUCUCUUUCCCCCUCCCAUUCAUCUCUAUUUUUCUUGAUCUCUCCUUCUGUGUGUGUAGUCAGUGUUUGAGUUUUUAGCAUGUUACUCAGUGUCAGACGGAUGGCGAGGCUAUAUUUAUAGAGGCUGUUCUCCUACUGCAGGUUGUCUGACUGGGUAAUUCUCUCUUUCUGAGGCACUGGGGUCGGCAAAUGUGCAGCGUUGGCACUCUGAGCUCCGAGAUUUACUGGGUUCACUCAGAUGGAAAAAGAAGAGAGUAGAUGAGGGGAGAAUGUGUGUGUGUGUCCGUGCUGUUUGUGUGUAGAGGAAUGUGUGCUUGCGUGUGUAAGCUUUGAAUCAGUUGUUUUUUCUGUCUCUCAGUUAAUGAGCAGUUGGAGCCAAGGCCCUCUCCGCGGCGAGAGAUUUUUCUCAAGAAGGCCAAUAGAAGUGUACACGUCUAGAAAGAUUGUUUUGAGUGUGAAUGGGCGCUGCAAUUUCACAUUAAAAAGGCACAUUACUGCAGUGCACGGGCGGAAUGAAAACCUACAGCUUGAAUAGAGACCUAAAACACAUGCCUGUGGCAGGCACACUUAAAUAAACUCCAGUCACACACAACUGUUAAUACUGCACACACACACAGCUUGUAGGUCAACAACCUUAUAAAUUGCACCCUCUCAGCACCCCCCACCGUUUGCUCAGUUUCCCUAAGACAGUUCUGUAGAAUACGACCAUAUUCCCAAUGUUGUGCGGUUGAUCAAUGCCUUUUCAUUACCGGCUGGACGGAAGCGCUGACGUGAGGUAGAGAGCGGCAGACCUGCUCAGGACCGUGAUUAAUGCUUGUACCCGCCCGGUCCCACCUGGGGACGCAUCGUUAGCCUUGAUUAAAUAUGAGUCCCAAAUUAUGGCUCUGGUCAAAAGUAGUGAACCAUAUAAGGGUGCCAUUUGAAAUACAACCUCAGCCUGCCAAGCCACCGAGCUGAGUGUAAUUCAGCUGUCCCAGACCUCUGCGGUCACAAGGUUAAGUGGCCAGCUGGUCGCGGGCGAUUAGUGAGCCAACGAAGGGACUGUAGUCUGGCCAUAAGUCAAAAUUGGUCAGUUUCCGAGGUGGACCGAAACAUGGGUCAGUUGAUUUUUAUACUGUGUGUCUUUGUUGAUUAAGAACAUUAUUCUUUAUGUAGAAAUGGACUUGCAGAUGGAGAGAAUCUCACCUGGAACAGCUAGGUUGGUCAGGGUUCAAAGUGUACGUGAGUUGAAUUCAAUUGUAGCUCAGACUUCCAUGGUCAAUGGGAAUGAAAUAAAACAGAAAUCAAGAGAAUCAAUGAAAAUUGUUCAUGAACUAAUUAAAUGUUGAACUCCAACUGAAGACAAAAGUACCUGCUUUAUCACCGAUAACCUAAAAUAUACUGUCAAGUAAAAACAUAAUUCCCAAUAUAGUGUACUACUUUUGACCAGGGCCCAUUGGCCUAAAAAGUAGUGCAAAAUGGUUGCGUUUAGACAGGCAGCCCAAUUCUGAUAUUUUGCCCAAUUAUUGGCAAAAGACCAGAAUUGGCUUGCCUGUGUGGGAAUGCAGCUUUUGUAGUGAAUAGAGUGCCAUUUGGGACUCAGUCGGGGACUUCAUUGGUGCCCAUUACCACUGGGGUGCCAGAUUUGACAUACAGCUGUAGCCUCUCAAUUAGAGCCACACUGAUGACUGUUGUAAUCUCCUAAAUAAUGUCCGAGCCCUAUAUAAAUCUACCUGAACAAACCAAAUUCCUCUACCAUAAUGAGAAAUUCAAAUAAGCCAUUUGUUAAGGCUAAAGGGGAGCGAUCAAGGAUAAAUUCCAGAUCAUUUAUGUAACCUUUUACUUUGCUCAGGUAAGAGUCCAUUUCACCUAUGCUUGUGCUAGCAAGCUGCCUUAAGUCAGUGCCAUCACAGACUGACUGACAGCACAAUAAAGACCUUUGCAUGGAGUGCCCAUUGGACCUUUAUUAUUAGUCAGUGCUCUUGAAGUCUUUUUGCCUCUUCGGUCCAGGGUGCAUUGCAUGGUGCCGUUGCGAAUGUCAGGCUCCACUCAGAGGCACAUCGAUCUGCAGGUUGAACAUGGUGAGAUUGUAGACUCCUAAAUUGAUAAUUCAGUUUUAGGCGAUAUUACAGCUAACUAGUUCCUUCACAUGGUGAUAUUGACUUGUAGUUAUUGUGUGUAGCUACAUUUACUAGCUAUCUAGCUAGCCCAUAAAGAGAGCAUUGCAUUGUGGGUUUUGUAGUGGACUUGAGCUGCAACAGAUUUCCACAACGAUUUUCACAUUGCUACCAACCUUAUAAACAACACAUUUGUGUGUGUGUGUGAGACCACAAUCAAUUAGUCUCUGCCCUAGGGAUGAACAGGAAUAAAAGUACAGUAAACAAAACAUCUGGAACACUUUUCUUCAAUAUAUCAUUUUAUUUAAAAUAACAUUACAAUUUAUUACUCUACAUUACAUUUUCAAACCAGUUUUUCCUUUUUACAUUGGUUAGUAAACCUUCAUAUAUUCUAAGAUAUAAAAAAAACUUCCCAUUUGAGUUUCAGUAUCGGUUGUUAAUUCGUGUCCGUAGUUUGAGUAAAUGCAACACUGCUUUACUUCCAGAACUUGACUUAAUGUAUAUUUAAGUUAGCUUUUGCGUCGCCAAAUACCCUACACAAAAUAACUGACCAACAGUGGUGCUAGCACACAACACUAUGAUUUCCCACAACUUGAAUAAUUUGAUGAAAUAAAUUAUACGUUUUCAAUCGAGAGAAAGUGCAUUUUUAUCCAAAUUACAAUUUUGCAAUAAUUUACAUUUAGAAGAAACAAGUCUUGUUUUUAAUGUGCCUAUACUUGCAAUCGAACAAAAGCCCUGCUCACCUGAAGCGUAAGGUACAGAAAUAAAAUGUUUUAGCUACACAAAGGCCUACCAUGUUAUUCUUUUAGAACAUCUAGCUCAUAUGGAAAAAAAGUGUGUGAUGUCCUUUAUCGCUGGGGUGUGUUCAGAACAUUUUGGAACGUUCAGAUAGAAAUACAGCUUGUAGAACAAACACCCCUCUCUGACAUGCAGAAUAAGUGACCAGCUCAAGUUCGACAUUGUUUGGCUACUGAAAGUAGCCCAGGAGUGGCGUUGUUCCGUUCAGAAGGGUGGUGUAACUGGACUACAACAGUGUCAAGCUGCUAUCAGAGGAGGACACUGACCUUUUAAUAAUACCGCAACAAAAAAGGUACAGGACAGACUGACCUUUAAAAUCCAUUUGAUAGGGGAGACAUGAUAAUUCUCUUAAAAGGGACAUUAUAGAGAUAAAGCAAAGUAUGUGUAGGUGACUAGCGUAAUUGUCACUCGGAGCAAAUUAGGGAAAGACAUCUUAGUAUCACUGGCAUCUUGCCGGCUCCUGCUCGCUGGAUGACAAGGACACCCCACUCUACAUACAAGUGUGCACCUGUGUAUUUGUAUGCGUGUCUGUGCCUCUGUAUUCCCAGGGUAUAAAAGCUAAGAGAGCACCUGCUUCAGCCUAGAGACGUACACCGAAGUCUGUCAAAUGCUUUAGCUCAAGGACACAUACCAUUAUGAUGACAAACAUUAUAGAACAUUAACAUGAAUAUGUUAUAAGUGUGAGUGAGUCAGUUACGUGGUCUGGGGCGAUGUUAGACUGGGCAUGCUCAGACAGCGUAGUGCUGCCAAGGCAACCACAUCUAAUCUGAUGGCAGACCAACCUGGAGUGGAGGAAUGGAACACUGAAAGGAGGCGCGCACACGCUAGUUGUCGCUCUCCCCUCUCUCAAAACUACACACACGUUCUGGUAGAGGGAUCUGCUAUCUUUAUGUCAUCCAUCUCUAAAUUGGCUAUUACUCUGGCUGUCAAAACGAAUAGGCAGCACCUCAAUUGCACAUCUUCAGCACUUCUUUCAGAAUGCAGCAGUGGCAUUUAUAACUGACAUGCUAGUGUAUCGUUUUGUCAUUGCCAAUUCUCCUUUCGGGAGGCAAGAGUGCAGAACCAUGCAAUUAAGAAUGGUACAGUUUUACACCUGUCAAACUUCAGUAAUAGCCUUCAUUUCAACAUAGUUGAGGCAUGGAAGGGAUGUGGGCUAACCUUAUACAGCCUGAAAAGGCUGCAAGGCAUAGCUCGCUAGGGGAGGGGAAAUGCCACCCAUCUAUCUCUAUCUGCACAGCUGUCACCCUGCAUAACCCCCUCUGGGUUGCAUCCCAAAUGGCACCCUAUUACCUAUGUAGCCCUAUGGGCCCCGGCCAAGAGAAGUGCACUUCCUUGGGAAUAGGGUGCCAUUUGAGAUGCCGCCUUGAGUCUUUAUCUGCUGCCUCAAAACCUAAACCCCCAUGGCCACGCCCCAAUCGGGCCUACCGCCUUAGCAAUACUGAGGAAAGACUGGAAACGCAUGCUCACACCAGCCUAAUACUAUACCCAUUUGGUUAGGCAAGGUGCAAUGAGGGGCAACAGAGAGACAUCCUGCAUAAUAACUGUACCUGCUCGGGCUGUUGUGGCCACACUCCCACUUGUUAAUGCACUUACUUCUACGCAGGAACACAGGCAGACACAGGUGCACACACACGCACCACUUGUCCUCCUGACACAGUUAAACUGCAGAGCAGUACUUAGUGGUGAGUUACAGAGCCCAGGGAAGCAAUCUCUAGGGAAGGUCCUGAAAGACCUUUCCCUCGCUUGGUCCACUCAACACUGACUCAGUAGUACUGAGUGGUACUUUAGUAGUACUCUACUGCUCUCUGCUGGUUGCACUAAGCACUGCACCCGAACACACACAACACUACUUCCAUCCCUUUCUCCCAGUCUGUAUACGUCGAUCAAUACUCCGAGUGGGGGAAAUAUUCACUUUGUUCGUAGUUUCUCUGAAUGUUUAGUUCAAGGUCAAGCCCUGACUUCAUUGAGUAGAUGCAAACACCAUUGAUAAAAAACAACACAUUUUUAUCUCUGAACUUGGGAGAUUCUACUGAAUUACCACAACAAUUUUAAGGGGAUAAAUGUUCACACUUUCAGUUGUGGUGAACUGCCAACAGACAUUCUAAACAAGAGUGUAUUAGAUAGGUUAGAAAAUGUGAAAAAUAGAGCAAGGAUGAGAAGCCAAGGAGGAAGCUCCCCUGUUAACUUUCUACACGGUUAGAAUAAGAAAGUCAUUUCUUGAGCUCUUAUAUUAAUCAUAUAUUAAUUUAGUAGACUACAGCCUCCUAGGCUUUUGACAGAUAACCUUUGACAGAUAACCUAAAGCAGGUUUUCCUAAAACAUAAGUGUACUGUUUUUAUGAACAUAACACCUUGCAUCAGUUACUUUUGUCUCCUAUUCUUUUGAAAAGCAUGAGCUGGCGCACACCCAAAAAAGUUAGAGGCGCUGACUAAUGCCGAGUAAACUGUAGACUAUAAAAAUAGAGUUGCACACACACACUCCCAGUAAUUGAUUGGGUAAACCACCCAAUUCAUUACUGGGAGCUUAUAUUCAGAUUGUGUGACUAUUUUUGUAGACUACAGCCUCCUAGGCUUUUGACAGAUAACCUUUUGUUUCUUACCCUACUUGUCCAAAAAACAUAAUCUGAUAAUGUCCUGCAUCAGUGAAAACAAUGCUAUAUCCCGUUUAGCAUUGCCAGUGACAAUGGUGUCCCGCCCACCCUCUAUCAUGUUUCCCAGCAUGUCAUCUUGUAGUUCAGCAGACCAGAGGCACAUUGAAAGCAUUAGCCCGGACCAAACGUGUUGUAGAACUGGCCUAAACAAUCACAUCGCAGAUGCCGGCUGGCCUCCUCGCUGGCGUGUCAUCUGUUGAUCACGUCAAGGUGUUCCCUUCGUCCAAUGGUGUCGCAGGCUGCUGUGAACAUUGACCAAUCGCACUGUACUGUUCGGUUUCCUCAACCAGUGGGGUGGAAGAACUCAGCUAGUGUCCCGCCCCAUGUCAGGGGUGAU